CAGCCGCGGGCAGGGGCCGGGGGCGGGGCCGCCAGGUCUGGAAGGUCUGCUCCGCCCCGCCGAGCAUCCAAAGCGCGCAGCCCGUCGGCCAGCUCGCACCGUGCUCCUGGCCCCGGGGCACCUCGCUGUCGUCCUCCCGACGCGGACCCGCGCGUCCCAGGUCUCGCGCCUUCCCGCCGGCCAGCGGGCUCCCGGCGGCCUACCCUGUCCGCGCGUCCUCCCGCGAGCCCCCGGCCCGCCUCGAGCCCCUCGCGCCCUUGUCCUCGGCGCGCGCAACAUGGCGCCCCCCCACGUCCUUGCGUUCGGGCUCCUGCUCGCCGCUGCGACGGCGGCGGUGGCCGCGGCCCAGGAAGGAUGUGUGUGUGAAAACUACAAACUGACCACAAACUGCUCUGUGAAUGCACAUGGUCAGUGCCAGUGUACUUCAAUUGGUACACAGCAUUCCGUCAUUUGCACAAAAUUGGCUUCCAAAUGUUUGGUGAUGAAGGCAGAAAUGAGUGGCUCCAAGGCUGGGAGAAGAGUGAAACCAGAGGGCGCUAUCCAGAAUAAUGACGGGCUCUAUGAUCCCGAGUGUGACGACAAGGGGCUCUUUAAAGCCAAGCAGUGCAAUGGCACCUCCACGUGCUGGUGUGUGAACACUGCUGGGGUCAGAAGAACCGAUAAGGACAGUGAAAUAUCCUGCUCGGAGCCAGUGAGGACCUUCUGGAUCAUCAUUGAACUAAAACACAAGACAAGAGAAAAACCUUAUGAUGUUCAAAGUUUGCAGGCUGCACUCAAGGAGGUAAUCACAAGUCGUUAUCAACUGGAUCCAAAAUAUAUCACAAAUAUUCUGUAUGAGAAUGAUGUUAUCGUUAUUGACCUGGUACAAAAUUCUUCUCAGAAAACUCAGAAUGAUGUGGACAUAGCUGAUGUGGCUUAUUAUUUUGAAAAAGAUGUUAAAGAUGAAUCCUUGUUCCAGUCCAACAGGAUGGACCUGAGAGUAAAUGGGGAACUACUGGAUCUGGAUCCCAGUCGAACUUCAAUUUACUAUGUUGAUGAAAAACCACCUGAAUUUUCAAUGCAGGGUCUACAAGCUGGUAUAAUUGCUGUCAUUGUGGUUGUGGCAGUAGCAAUUACUGCUGGAAUUGCUGUGCUGGUUGUUUCCAGAAAGAAAAGAAUGGCAAAAUAUGAGAAAGCUGAGAUAAAGGAGAUGGGUGAAAUGCAUAGGGAACUCAAUGCAUAACACUAAUUUGAAGAGUAACUAUAAGAAGGGAAAUUAGCAAACAGACUCAGAUUACAAACGUAUGAACAUGGGGCAAAGAGAAGAUCUUUGAAGACCACUAUUGUGUUAGUUAACAUCAUAUAUUUGUAAGUUAAACCUGUACUCAAAAUAUAAGCAGUUUGAAAUUGACUUUACUAAUCUUAAAGUUUGACCACAAGUAUCAUAUAUAUGCAGAUCUGAUAUAAAACCCAGAAUUUGAACUGCAUAGUUUGAAUUAUUUAUGCCUAACAUUGAAGGGUAUGCAUUAAAUAUGCUUCCACAGUAGAGUCUGAGUGACUACUGUCUCGUCUGUUUGUGAUUAAAUAGCUGCCUUUCUGUCUGCUUUGA